GUGUUUGAAAAGUUUUUAGCUGUAGCUGGAAAGUUCAUGAGAAUAUUGAAUCUGGUUUGCAUCGUCCUCCUCAUCUGCCACUGGGAUGGCUGCCUGCUCUGGUUCGUCCCCAUGCUACAAGACUUCCCUGUUGAUUGUUGGAUCAAGCUGGAAAACCUUGAGCACGCUCAUUGGACAGUUCAAUAUACAAUGUCGUUAUUUCGUGCACUCUCACAAAUGCUCUCCAUUGGUUACGGAAGGAACACACCAACAAACACGGUUGAUGUUUGGUUGACGAUGGUGAGCAUGCUGAUUGGUUCAACUUGUUAUGCCCUUUUUGUUGGACAUGCAACGACCCUCAUACAAUCGUUUGACACCUCCAAACGACACUACAGAGAAAAAUUGAAACAAAUAGAAGAGUACAUGAACUACCGCAAAUUGCCUCUCCAUCUAAGAAAACGAGUCAACAAAUAUUUUGAGUUCAAGUACCAAGGGAAGAUGUUUGAUGAAAAGAACAUUCUCGAAGAGUUUAAUGAAUGCCUUAAACAGGAAGUACUGAAUUACAACUGCCGGUCACUGGUUGCCUCAACAAAUCUUUUCUCCGAAGCCAACCCGAACUUCGUGAACGAGGUCAUCUCCAAGUUGCAGUUCGAGGUGUUCCAGCCCGAUGACGUCAUCGUGAAGCAGAACUCCAUCGGGACGAAAAUGUAUUUUAUUCAAGAGGGCUGGGUCGAUGUUGUCACCGAAUGUGGAACGAAGGUGGCCAGGCUUAAAGAGGGCGCUUAUUUCGGAGAAAUCUGUCUGUUGAAGACAGAGAAGCGAGUGGCCAACGUGGUUGCAGUGACGUUUUGCAACGUUUUCUCAUUAUCAUCUAAACACUUCAAAUCAGUUCUGGCUCACUAUCCAGAAACGAAAAGCCGUUUGCUUUCGGUUGCCAAACAACGACUGCAAUCUUUACGACGCAAAAUUAAACAGAAUGAAACAAAAUCAAAAAUUGAUAUUCUAUGCGAAGAUGAAGACAAGAAUAAUGAUGAAGAAGAUGAUGAUAAUUGUGAUGAGUACGGACUGAGCUGUCAAUACAACGUCAGUAAUGACGACGAAUAUGAUGAUGUUUAUCCUAUGCAACGUACGAAAACUGCCGACCACUGCAUCUCCAACAAAUAUAAAAGUCUUGAAGAAAAGUU